CCGCCUGGACUCAGUGCGCGGUGGCGGCGGCGGUGGCGGCGGCGGGCAGCUGGUGCUGCGCGGUCCCGUCCUGUUCGCCCGGGGACACGGCCGCACCGGCGAGCGGACGGCCGCAGGGCAGGGCGCAGGCGGAGGGCCGCGGGCAGCGAGAGGAAGAAAGGGCAGCGCACAGCGAGCAGGGCGCCGGCGGCCUCCAGACUCCGAGCGGCGCCCUCCUGCCGCCGGUGCGGAGCCGGAGCCGGACCAUGGGAGGCCAGCCCGCGCGCACCGCCUGAGGACGCCCCCGCCCCCGCCCCCGCCAUGGGCGCCCCGGCCUGGGCUCUCGCGCUCUGCGUGGCCGUGGCGGUCGUGACCGGCGCCGCCUCGGGGCCCCCGGGUGCAGAGCAGCGCGUCGUGCGGAGAGUGGCAGAGGUCCCGGGACCGGAGCCCCCCCAGCAGGAGCAGCUGGUGUUUGGCAGCGGGGACACCGUGGAGCUGAGCUGCCACCUGCCUGCAGGCGUCCCCACGGGGCCCACCGUCUGGGCCAAGGACGGGGCGGGGCGGGCGCCCUCGGACCGCGUGCUGGUGGGGCCGCAGCGGCUGCAGGUGCUGAACGCCUCCCACGAGGACGCGGGGGCCUACAGCUGCCGGCAGCGGCUCACCCAGCGCGAGCUGUGCCGCUUCAGCGUGCGGGUGACAGAUGCCCCGUCCUCGGGAGACGACGAAGAUGGGGAGGACGAGGCAGAGGACACAGCAGGGGCCCCUUACUGGACGCGGCCUGAGCGGAUGGAGAAGAAGCUGCUGGCCGUGCCCGCCGCCAACACCGUGCGCUUCCGCUGCCCGGCGGCCGGCAACCCCACGCCGUCCAUCUCUUGGCUGAAGAACGGCAAGGAGUUCCGCGGGGAGCACCGCAUCGGGGGCAUCAAGCUGCGCCACCAGCAGUGGAGCCUGGUCAUGGAGAGCGUGGUGCCCUCGGACCGCGGCAACUACACGUGCGUCGUGCAGAACAGGCUGGGCAGCAUCCGGCAGACCUACACGCUGGAUGUGCUGGAGCGCUCCCCGCACCGGCCCAUCCUGCAGGCGGGGCUGCCGGCCAACCAGACGGCCGUGCUGGGCAGCGACGUGGAGUUCCACUGCAAGGUGUACAGCGAUGCGCAGCCCCACAUCCAGUGGCUGAAGCACGUGGAGGUGAACGGCAGCCGAGUGGGGCCCGACGGCACGCCCUACGUCACCGUGCUCAAGUCCUGGAUCAGUGAGACUGUGGAGGCCGACGCGCGCCUCCGCCUGGCCAAUGUGUCCGAGCACGACGGGGGCGAGUACCUCUGUCGAGCCUCCAAUUUCAUAGGCGUGUCUGAGAAGGCCUUUUGGCUGCGUGUUCACGGGCCCCGAGCAGCCGAGGAGGAGCUGGUGGAGGCCGGCGAGGCGGGCAGCGUGUACGCGGGCGUCCUCAGCUACGGCGUGGGCUUCCUGCUCUUCGUCCUGGUGGUGGCCGCCGUGACGCUCUGCCGCCUGCGCAGCCCCCCCAAGAAGGGCCUGGCGCCCGCCGUGCACAAGGUCUCCCGCUUCCCGCUCAAGCGACAGCAGGUGUCCUUGGAGUCCAACUCGUCCAUGAACUCCAACACGCCCCUCGUGCGCAUCGCCCGGCUGUCGUCCGGCGAGGGCCCCGCGCUGGCCAACGUCUCCGAGCUGGAGCUGCCCGCCGACCCCAAGUGGGAGCUGCCCCGGGCCCGGUCAGUGCUGGGACGGACGCCGUGUGCGGGGGCCCUGACGAGGGGGGGGGCCGCCAUGCAGAGACCUGACUGGAUUCAGAUGGGCGUCGAGCAGGAGCUGAGGCCACUGUUGGGUGUGAGGCUGACCCUGGGCAAGCCCCUGGGCGAGGGCUGCUUCGGUCAGGUGGUCAUGGCGGAGGCCAUCGGCAUCGACAAGGACCGGACCACCAAGCCCGUCACGGUGGCCGUGAAGAUGCUGAAAGACGACGCCACCGACAAGGACCUCUCCGACCUGGUGUCCGAGAUGGAGAUGAUGAAGAUGAUCGGGAAGCACAAGAACAUCAUCAACCUGCUGGGUGCCUGCACGCAGGGCGGGCCCCUGUAUGUGCUGGUGGAGUACGCGGCCAAAGGCAAUCUGCGGGAGUACCUGCGGGCGCGGCGGCCCCCGGGCACCGACUACUCCUUCGACACCUGCCAGCUGCCCGAGGAGCAGCUCACCUGCAAGGACCUGGUGUCCUGCGCCUACCAGGUGGCCCGGGGCAUGGAGUACCUGGCCUCCCAGAAGUGCAUCCACAGGGACCUGGCCGCCCGCAACGUGCUGGUGACGGAGGACAACGUGAUGAAGAUCGCGGACUUCGGCCUGGCCCGCGACGUGCACAACCUGGACUAUUACAAGAAGACCACCAACGGCCGGCUGCCCGUGAAGUGGAUGGCGCCCGAGGCCCUGUUCGACCGCGUCUACACCCACCAGAGCGAUGUCUGGUCCUUCGGGGUCCUGCUCUGGGAGAUCUUCACCCUGGGGGGCUCGCCGUACCCCGGCAUCCCCGUGGAGGAGCUGUUCAAGCUGCUGAAAGAGGGGCACCGCAUGGACAAGCCGGCCAACUGCACCCACGAGCUGUACAUGGUCAUGCGGGAGUGCUGGCACGCUGUGCCCUCCCAGAGGCCCACCUUCAAGCAGCUGGUGGAGGACCUGGACCGCAUCCUCACGGUGACGUCCACCGACGAGUACCUGGACCUGUCGGUGCCCUUCGAGCAGUACUCGCCCGGCGGCCAGGACACCCCCAGCUCCGGCUCCUCAGGGGACGACUCCGUGUUCGCCCACGACCUCCUGCCCCCCGCCCCUCCCAGCAGCGGGGGCCUGCAGACGUGAAGGGUCCCCGCCCUCCGGCCAAGCCCCCCCCAAUGUGAGAGUGGUUCCCAGCCCGCCACGCUGCUGUGGGUGUGCCGCCGGCCACCACGGCCCCGCGGCCCAGGCUCAAGACCUGGCACCAAUGGACGGAUGGACAGAUAGACAACUGUGUGCGUGUGUGUGUGUGUGCGUGCGUGUGUGUGUGCGUGCGCGCGCGUGCGUGAGCACACGCGUGUGAGAGUCUCCGGGUCCCCGUGCAGGGGUCCCUGGGUGCCCGCCCUGCUGUACCAUGACCUCCUGGCACCUGUGCUGGCGGUGCCAGGGGGACCGAGUGAGAAUGUAAGGGCUCCCCGUGGGCCUCCCUGCCCCCAUCCCUCCCUGUCACCCCGAGGGGAGCGGCUCUGGGCUCCGGCGUCCUCGGGUGCCUGAGCUGAGCCUGCAGGGACGCCCGUGCGGCGAGCCCCCCACCCACGCGGCACCUUGCGCCUGGGGUGAGUGUUCGCACACGCCCGCCCCCCAGGCCCCACCUCCCACCCUGUCCCUCCGAGACUGAGAUUACGGGUACCGAAGGCGGGAGCCUUUAACUUCUAUCCGAAAGGGUUACUCCAGACGAGUGUCCAUUUCUCUAGACGCCGUGUGACACGCGCGUGUAUGUAGUAUCCACAUGGAAGAAGGCGGGCACAUCGGCAGCACGGGCCCCGGGGCUGGGGUGGGAGGCCCCUGUGGGCGAGACACCGGAAACCGCCGAGUGGAGGCGACCCGGCAGCAGUUUUGUUUUAAAAAUUGUACCUGGACCCGUGUGUUCGUAAAGCUAUUUAUGGGCCCCCGACCCCGUCCCUUCUCCCCACCCCCAAAGCUGUAGUGUUCGGCCCGCCCCACGUUGGCGGCGGCUUCAGUCUUAACUUAUUAACAGCUGAGAGGGUUUGUGCUUUGUUUAGCGGGGCCGCUGGGCGGGGGUACCCAGCUCUGGGCACACCCCCCCUGCCCGCACCCCAGGCCGGAGCAGCCCCUCACACCCAGAGGUGGCGAGUGGUGUGGGGGCCUCUGGGGAGGAUAGGGCUUCCCCUGGCCUUUCGCAGGGGAUUCGAUUAUCUAGGACUUUUCUGUAGGAGAUUUAUUUUUUUGGACUUCAAAGCAAGCUGGUAUUUUCAUACACGUUCCCGUUGCCGUGUGCCGGGCGGGAGGCCGUGCGCCGUGGGCCAGCCCUGCACCAGGCUCAGAUGUUCUUAGAUGUUACAAGUUUAUAUAUAUCUAUAUAUAUAAUUUAUUGAGUUUUUACAAGAUGUAUUUGCUGUAGAUUUAACACUUCUGACGCAAUGCUUUAGCCUUUAUAGCCUGGGCUGCCUUUCGGAGCUGGGGGGGGACGCGUGAGUUCACUUCCCGUCAUGCUUGCGCCCCACGUGUCAGCCGGCGAGCCCCACAGGGCUGGGGUGGUUUGUUCUCGGCCCCCUGCCUUGUGGGGGCCAAAGGUGUCGCCCCAAACUGGCAAACGCGCUUCCCAGAAAUAAACAAAGAUUCCGUUCAGCCUCUGC